AUGGCACCCUCAAAAGAUCCCCCCACCCCAUCCUCUGGGAGUUUGCGCUCAUAUCCUGAGCCUGACAACGUUGAUCAAGAAGCCGUACGGGCAAGGACCCCUGGCGAUGACGCAUGCUAUUGUGAUGAAAAACUAUCCGCACCGUCUAGCAUCUCCGUCGACAUUGGACCUGCCUAUCACCCACGAUUUCUCCAGAAAAAAUCUUGGGAGAUUGAAUUGCCCGAAGAAUCAGAAUCUGGAUCUACAAAUGAAUCUUCUAACAUAUCUCCACUCGUAUCCCCACUCACGUCCCCAGCUGGAUCCAUGAAUAGCACCGUGUCUAGUCAAGGCUCAUCACAGAGGGACGACGAGUCGAUAAAAGAAAUAGACGAAGCAACUCAACGUAAAUCGGACCUCCGAGAACAACUCGAGAUGGAAAUAGCCAAAAGUUCCGCUCUGAAAAAGGAAAGAGAUGACGCAGUUCUAAGCGCAACGGAUCUAAAGACGAAAUUCGACAUAGUGGAGAAGGAGAAAGACGACGCAGAAAAGCAACUUUUGAAAACACGUCAUCAGAUCUCAAAGAUGGAGAAGCGACGGAAUGGAAUAUUUUGGGGGGAGCAAUUAACUUUGGUUCAGGCUGAGAGAGAUCAAGCUAUUACGCGCGAGUCGGAGAGUUUGGAAUUGAAGAAACAAGCGGUGAAGGAAAGAGAUGAUGCGCUGGAGCUUGUGACGCGGAUCUGUGACUUUCAGAAGGAAAGGCUGCAGGAAAUAAACGAAGCUCGGAAAAUUGCAUUGAAGAGAUUGAAGGAGACAGAGCAGGCGGAGAAGGAGAGAGAUGAUGCGCAGCGACUUGCAGCCGAGAGAUUGGAACAGACGAAGCAAGCGCAGAAACUGAAAAAUGAAGCAGAAGUACGAGUAGGGAAGUUACUGUGGGAAAAAUUACUAAGAGAGGGAACUCAGAAGGAAAGAGAUGAAGCCCGUCGGCAGUUGAAAGAAGCGGAGGAAAGAUACUACGAAGGGAAGCGAGAGUCAGACCUACUACGCGAGGAGAUAGAGAAGAUGAAGGGGGAGAAUAGGGAAAGAGGAUGGUACUGGACUUCUUUUCUUGGUGCCUUGUUCGACUGA